AAGAUGUUAUUCGUGUGGUGGAAGUGGAAGUCGCCCAGUCACUGACCGAAACUACAAAAAAAUCAAACUUAAGCCACCUCUCUUGCUGCGGUGUAAACCAUGCCAUACAAGCGAGUAUCAGCAAAAAUGUUAACGUUACUUCGAUCAGCAGAAGAUAUUAGGUAGUCAGCCAAAUGACGUGUGCUGUGGUUUCUAGUAGUUAAAUCUUUAAUGUUAGUGGCAACACCAUUGCAUUCCCAUAUGUUCUGACUGCAAUGAUGUAUAAAUAUUUAAUGGAGAACUCGAGGGAUAAAGAGAGCUGGCGUUUGAACCAGACUACUGCGGCUAUACUGUCGGUGAUAGUUGUAAACUGUAUCCAGUACCUCAGAGAUGAUGUACUGUUGUAGGCUAACCCGGAAGUAAGCGCCACGCUGGUUCCCUCAACCGAAAGCCUAUGCAUAUUUUCCCCAUAGACUUUUGGAAGAUCGCAAAAAAUAAGCUCUGUGAUUAACAAAGGUUUAUGAUGUUUACACGUUUUAUCUAUCAAGAUAAUCUUUACAAAUUAACACAACAUUUGUUACUUUUGAAGCCGAAAUACAAUCUGCAGAAGUAAAAAGCUAACACAAUGCUAUAAACAGACUACACUUAAGGUCGCUCGAUAUCAACAUCACCACCACCAAGCCUCCGACAACUCUUUCAAACUUUAUUGAAAAUGUGUUCCCUGGUAAGUAAUUACUCUGUGAAUGAAUCUGCAUCUACGUUUUAAGAGAUUUGUGCCCAUGUUGCAUUAUUUGUGAGCUUUAUAUGCGGAAUGACGUCUAACGUCCACACCAAAGGAAGUAGUCCCUUUUAGCAACUUGUUAGCAACCGCCGUUUUUAAGACACAAUAAAGGCUUUAAAUUUUAGAAGGCUUUAAAAAAUCACAAGCGGGUUACAAUUGGUGUGUUUUAUGUCAUAGAAUAAAACGUGAAAAUAUUUAGAGGUUUUGUUUACCACAGACAUUAUUUCAGGCGAUUUACCAAAAACCCAUUCAAAAAACCCAUAGACUUUGGACCGAUGGAACCGGAAGUCCUAAAAUGCUAACUCGCUUCCGGGUUUUGCAUACAAAAAUACGUUAUCUCUGAGCCGCCCUAUACAGUACAUUGGCUAGAUGUAAAAUGCAAAUAGAUACCACCAAUCACAAUCCAAUAUUCAAAUAAGACACCCUUGCUGCGUCCCAAUUCGUAUACUAUCUGUCCUAAAUAGUAUUCGAAAAUAGAAUUAGUAUGUCCCAAAUCGUAGUAUGUUGAAAAGAGUAUUCCAAAGAUUCCCGGAUGGUCUACUACUUCCCGUAGAAAUUCGAAAUGCAGAAUGAUGCACACUCUAACGGCUAAUAUUACCCACAACUCACCGCGAGUAGGCGGAGUUAAGUGACGCUCCAUUGCAUUAAUACAAUUAAAUAACUGAUGCGUCACUAAAUUAAUAAAUAUAAGCACAGAGUUAACAUUACAUAUGAAACAAUGAAUUAAUAAAUACUUAAAUGGAAAGAAGAGCUGUAUUUUGAUGUGUGUGACAGUUAAUGGCCACAUUGUUGUCUAGGCAACAACCGCCACUUCCGUUUCCUGUUAGUAUGUCCCAGUGUGUGCAUAUUGUUUUGCUACACACUAAAAUGUAUAUACUUUUCCAUAACAAAACAGUACAUACUUUUAGUGCAUAGUAUAAGUAGGCGAAUUGGGAAGCAGCAAUUUAUUUUUUAAAUACUGGUUGAAGUCAUAGACUGUACAAAAUAUGGACGUUGUGUCCGUGACGUCACCCGUAGGUUUGUGAAGAGUAAAAAUGAGGCCUAAAGUAGGCGGAGCCGGUCGUCGCCAUCUUGGCAUCGCGUCAUCGCGCGUCACUCCCGGAUAAUCGUAAAUGGGCAAAGAGGCGGGACGUGGUUGGAGCUGAGGCGCUCGGUUUGCUGAAACCUUCUUGUCACUCAAGUGGCCACGCAACUAUUUUGCAUAAUUUUAAGGCUUAUGUAAGUUAAACGGGUGAGUUAUAAAAAAAUCACCCUCCUCACAGUUGUCAUGAAGGGUAAAAUUACCUAUAUAGAGCAAAAUAAUUUUUGUACAGGCUGUAAACAUGUUUUUUUGUGCUGUAAAGUUGGCCAUUUAACAUGGGGCUCAAUGAGAUUCUGCUUUGUUUUGGAGCCAGCCUCUAGCGGCCAGUCGAUGAAUUGCAGUUUUAGUCACUUCCGUGUUGGUUUCACGAGAGAGACCGGAAGAUUGGCCCUUGGUUGAAGUCCAUAUGAGAAAGACUUUCAUUAUUCCGUUACAUAUUAGUGCACAAAUUUGGUCGAUUAUUAAAUUUAACUGUUGUGUUUGCCUGCCUGUCUAGCAACGUUUGUUUAUACAUAACAUAAAAUAGCGUUAGUCUUGUCAAAUGUUAUAUCGCGUUUCAAGUUCAUUGAGUUAUUGGCUAUUUUCGGUUAAACGGGUUGUUGCUAGAAGGGAUACAGCUACAGCCGGAAGUGGCGCAAAAUCUCGCCAUAUAAUUAUAAUAAAUUACAUUAGUUAACGCCUACACCUACCCCAACCCUAAACUUAACCUUACAAUAAUAAAAUAUAUUAAUCAACUGUUUUUAGCGUGACAAAAAUUAUGCGGUAUUGAAGUGCGCAUGCCCAGUGGAUGUAGCUGUAUCCCUUCUAGUCAAAACCGGUUAAACGGUUCCAAAAUUUGUCACGUGAUUUCCGGUAAUGGAACAUAGGAAGCAUCGAUGCUCCCUGGUUUUUGCAGUGCAAUGUGGUAAUUUUAGGGAUCGAACGUUUCAGUGCACUGGAAGGAUUUUGCGAAUGAGACAGCCCUUAAAAUGGCUGACUCCCUGGUCAGUGCCAUUACUACUGAACAAGGGAGCUGAUUGAGACACAGCCACAAUCUAAAUAAUUUCUUGAUAUUAAAUGAUUAACAAUGGAGUACUCGUGUAGAUUAAUUAAAGGGCAUUAAUACUGCAGUGCAUCACUUACCGCAAGACUUUGUUUUCGCGUGAAUUGGUGAUGUAAGGUUGGGAAGCUGUCACUUCGAGAGAAUGACGAGUCCAACAGAUCUUACACCACCACCUGCAGGUGCCUGUUCAUCGGCGGAAUGUGACAAGGACAGCUACAUUACUCAGUUAAUACGCCGACUUGAAACUCUACACAUGUCUACAGUAGUGAACACACCACAGGCAUCUCUUCUAGCCAGCAUUUCUAAUGCACAGGAACAGGAACCACCCAUCUGUUGCAGCCAAACGAAAUCAUCCAAAGUCUUGAAGCAACAUAAUACGACCCAGAUGAGGAUGCUUUCGCACAGAUGGCACAGGCUUGGUCUACAGCCUCCGAUCCUCUGGAGCACGCAAGAACACAUGUCUGAUCAUUAUAAAUCUACAGAUGACACCAGACCAGCACUGGAACACAGUCCCUUACAGGUCACUCUCACUGUGUCUUCAAGGAAUAAAAGAACAGACGAGAUGAAGACAAUUAGCAAUUCACAUUGUAGCAGUUUGGACACCUGCAAUCGUGGACUUCUUGAAGGUAACGUAACCGAACAGUGCUCUUUAAAUAACUCCAGCCGGACGUCAGUUGAAUGCGAAGAAGACAGUGACCUCUCCGACCUAUAGAAAGACAAUAUUCCCGUCUUAAUGUGGGCAGCUGCUGUAGAACUGGACCUGAGGCCAGACUCAGUUGACAGAGAUCUGGAAUUAACAGAGGCGGCAGAAGAAGAGCAAGUUUACCCGGAGGUUCUCCCCGUUCCACUUAAAGACUUCAGCGAGUCUUCAGAUGCUGGAUUGGAGAGGAAGGAUCCUUGUCUCACAGCUAUGGUGACACGCUUGCUAGAGCUGGAAAAACUUCAAGCCGCAACUAUACAAAAGGAACAAGGAAAAGCAGUCCGAUCUCGCCCGGCAACUGCUUUGGUACGGAGUGCCAAUCGCCUGAGACGGUUGGAAAGUCCUUGCAGUCAGAUGGAACACUUGAGGACUAGAGGCAGUAAUUCAGCAUUAGCCGAUUUCACAAAACUCACCCUUUCUUCGUCCUCUCGUUCACGGUCUAGGCAACAUACUCGCCCCUUAUCGCAUUCUGAUAGGGUACCAAAUGGAGUACAGCCAGCACAUAAUGUGUGUAAAAAAACAAACUCCAGUACAGUCAAAUUAAGAAAGACAGAAGGUCUUGCUAACAGUAUUUCAAAUGUGUCACUAAAAUGCAACAGCGCAAAUGCUUCCAAGAUACGCAAACCCACAACGAAAGCUAUGCCAAAGUCAAAAAAGACCUUGAAAAAGACUUGUGUCCCUCUUAAAAUAUGUAAGUGUUCUGUUAAAUUAUAA